AUGUCGAAAGGAGAACGAGAUUUUAAUUCAAAAUUAAUAGAAGCAAUCGAAGGAUACGUCUGCUUGUACGAUUACAAAAACAAGGAUUAUAGAAAUAGAGAUAAGGUCGACCUGGCCUGGGAAAAUGUUUCAAAGGAGGUAGGACGAACAGCAAAAGAGUGCAAGGAAUCGUGGAGAAACUUAAGAAUAGUUUAUACACGUGCUAUAAAGAAGCCACCUUCUGGAUCUGGAGUGAAUAAUAAAAAUAAGACGUGGUAUCUUUCAGAAAAUAUGAGUUUUCUAAAACCAUAUAUUAAUAUUACUUUGGACAAAUCAUUACCCGGAAAUUUACCAUCACCACCUAACAACGAGGAAUUUCAAGAAUUUGAAGAAGAAAACCCAACCGAAAUAAACAGAUCGGAUAUACGCAAUGACAUUGAAAAUCCCACAUACGAUGUUUCGUCUUGUAGUAUUAGUGCAGAUACUACCAAAACUACCAGCCAAUAUGCAAUGGGGCCUCCAAAGAAAAAGAAAAAAACACAAGUUGAUACUGCAGACGAUUGCAUAAUCAACUACAUUCAGUCAAAGUCAAAUAAACCACCAAAUGAAGAUAAUGCGAAAAAACUUUUUUUAUUAAGUCUACUUCCAGAUUUAGAAGAAAUGAGUACAGUGCAAUUCAGAGCUUUCAGACGCGAUGUGGGCAAUCUUAUUGACAGAACACUUGGACAACCACCAAUAUCAUACUUGACAUCUAACAACUAUCAAACAACUUUACAACAUCAUUCCGAUUCCUCAUCAUAUGAUGGUCACUCUCACACAUCAGAACAGAAUUCUUCUGAGAUUGACCACCCUAACAUGCUGUACCAAGAACUUCAACCAUAUUUGCUCAGAAGACCAGAAAAUUGA